AGUGGUGUGUGACGCGCACUAUGCUGGAUGAUCAUGAUCAUGAGAGAGACGGAGCUGUGCUGCUGCUGAGCGCCGAACUUGAGACCGUGUCUCGGUCACGUCUCAAGUGCCUCUCACUUUUGUCAAUUUAACUAUCGACCGCUAAGCAGUUUGUUUUUAUAUACCGCCUUCGGAUUACAUUGAAGAUAAAAAAAAAGUAUCCCGAGUUUCUCUCCGAGUUGCGUGCGACACUGCGCUAUAGAGCAACGUUGAACUGAAUUCAAAAUCAUGUCAAUCUUACCGUUCACUCCGCCGAUCGUGAAGAGGUUGCUGGGCUGGAAGAAGGGAGAGCAGAACGGACAGGAGGAGAAAUGGUGCGAGAAAGCCGUCAAGAGUCUGGUGAAGAAGCUGAAGAAGACGGGACAGCUGGACGAGCUCGAGAAAGCCAUCACAACUCAGAAUAUCAACACCAAGUGUAUCACCAUACCACGAUCACUAGAUGGUCGGUUGCAAGUAUCUCACAGAAAAGGACUUCCUCAUGUGAUCUACUGUCGUCUUUGGCGCUGGCCGGACCUGCAGUCUCAUCAUGAGCUCAGAGCCAUUGAACUCUGUGAGUUUGCCUUCCACACCAAAAAGGACGAGGUCUGUGUCAAUCCCUACCACUACCAGCGGGUCGAGACACCAGUUCUUCCUCCAGUGCUGGUGCCUCGUCACACUGAAAUCCCCAGUGAAUUUCCUCCUCUGGAUGACUACAGUCACUCCAUCCCAGAAAACACAAUUUUCCCCGCUGGCAUCGAACCCCAGAGCAACUACAUACCAGAAACGCCCCCUCCAGGCUACAUCAGUGAGGAUGGAGAGACAAGCGAUCAUCAGAUGAACCGCGGUAUGGACACAGGGUCUCCAAAUCUGUCUCCGAACCCUGUUUCUCCUGCCCACAACAAUUUAGAUCUACAGCCGGUGACAUACUGUGAACCAGCGUUCUGGUGCUCUAUCUCCUACUAUGAGCUGAACCAGAGAGUCGGUGAAACUUUCCAUGCCUCCCAGCCCUCUUUAACUGUAGACGGCUUCACAGACCCGUCCAACUCUGAACGCUUCUGCCUGGGCCUGCUGUCCAACGUUAAUCGCAACGCUGCUGUGGAGCUCACGCGCAGACACAUUGGCCGAGGUGUGCGUUUGUACUACAUCGGAGGUGAAGUGUUUGCUGAGUGUCUAAGUGACAGCGCCAUUUUUGUUCAGAGUCCCAACUGUAACCAACGUUAUGGCUGGCACCCCGCCACUGUUUGCAAGAUCCCACCUGGCUGUAAUCUGAAGAUCUUUAAUAACCAGGAGUUCGCAGCUCUGUUGGCCCAGUCUGUGAAUCAGGGCUUUGAGGCCGUGUACCAGCUCACCCGCAUGUGCACCAUUCGUAUGAGCUUCGUGAAGGGCUGGGGAGCCGAGUACAGGCGGCAGACAGUGACUAGCACCCCCUGCUGGAUAGAACUGCACCUGAACGGUCCUCUUCAGUGGCUGGACAAAGUGCUCACUCAGAUGGGCUCCCCCUCCAUCCGCUGCUCCAGUGUGUCAUAGGAAUCCCUCCCUCCACAAACACAACAUAUACAAACCACAAGAUCUGGGGGAAAACAGUUCCUUCAGGAUUCAAAGGCUGAAGACCUUCAUACCCACCAGACUCUGUAGCACUUUCACACCUGUCUCAUGUUGGAGGAGUGUAUUACAGUAUACAGUUGUGUUCAAAAUUAUUCAACCCCCUAGAGACUGCAGUACUUUACAAAUACAAGCUUUUCUGAAGAUCCAGGAUAUAAUAAAACUUGCAUCUAUAAUAGUUCACUGGCAUAUUAACAGUGAUAUUGUCAAUAUAUAAUGUAAUAUAUUUGAGUUAUAAGGUUUUUUAAUAAUACUGCUAUGUCAUAAUUAUUCAACCCCUAUUCAACAUUGCUGUUUUUAAAUCACUUAUUUGCAUGGUGGGGAAUAAAACAGUCUCAAACACACAAUUAAGCUUUUAGAAACUCUAUUAAAAACAGAAUUAGCUUGAGCUGUUACACAGUUUGGCCCAUGCAUGUGUUGAAGUUGAGUAGCAAAAACAGAAAUCUCAGAAAAGCAAAAUAGAAGAAAUAUUGUAUUACUUUAGAAAGGCUAAGGCUAUAUGCAGAUUUCCAAGACAUUGAAAGUUCCUAGAGACACAGCUCUCAGUCUUAUUUCUGAGCUUAAAGUGUGUUUUACCAGAAAACCUUUGAGGGUGUUGAAGAAAAAGCAAAAUGUUUAAUCAGAACAACUGAGAAAAACCGGCAAUGUACAGCCAAAGACUUGCAAGAUGACCCGAUGAAAGGAGGAAAACCAUUUCAAGGCAGCGUGUAAGAAGAACACUAGACAAGUAUUGCCUUCAUGUUGUGACAUCUUGAUAAAUGCCACUCUUGAUCUAGAAGAACAAAAAGCCAACUUGAACUUGAUAAAAUUCAUUUGUGUGGACCUGUGGAGCUCUGGAGGAAUGUUAUAUGGGGCGAUGUGACCAAACUGGAACUUUUUGGACCCAUGGAUCAGCGGUAUGUCUGCUGCAAAAAAUGGCAAAGCUCAUAAGCAGAAGAACACCAUCUCCAUCCUCAAACUUGGAGGUGGAUCAGUCUUGUUAUGGGGUUUCUUUACUGUAGCAGGAAGUGGAAAUCAUGACUGUAUGAAGGACAUCAUGGAUUCUAUGAAGUAUCAGGCCAUUUUGACAAGAAUUGUGAUGCCUUUGGUGCAAAGACUGAAGCUGAUGAUCAAUGGACUUUGCUGCAGGCCAGUCAUCCCAAAGUACACAUCCAAAUCUACUUUUCCUUGGUUCAGUGAUCAGUUAUAAAAUGUUCUUGAGUGGCCUGUUAAAGAAAGCAGUGGUGGAUGUGGAAACCAAAGAUUAUCAGUGAUCUGAAAGCUUUUUCAGUCGAGGAAUGGGCCAAGACUGUAGUAGAGAGGUGACAUAAGCUUCUAAACACUUACAGACAGCUAUUAUUGGUGAUUUUAAAGAAUAAAAGAUUCUGCACAAAGGGGGUUGAAUAAUUUUGAACAUGAAUGAUUAGAGCCAAUUUGAAUUUCAUCAUGAUUCAUCAAUGUUCCAUUCUCAGAAUCACUCAAAAGUGCCCUCCACAGCAAAUUGUCUUGCAAGUCAAGGGGGUUGAAUAUUUUUGAACACAACUGUAUGUAUAUGUAAAUAUUCGUUUUUGUUAUUUUUAGCCAUUUUUAUUGCCAUUAUUGAUAUAAAAUAUUGCCAUUUAUAUGUUGUUAUACAGCAUGUAUAUGUAAGAUCUCUCCUGUCUUGUCUUUUAUGAUGCCGUGUAUGGUACACGUUUACUGUAACGGGUAUAUAAGAGGCUUGAUCAUUUUAUAGAGACAUUUGGUUUUUUUUGUAAAGUGUAAAUAUGAAGUUUUCAAGUAUGUUUUUUUUGUUUGUUGUUGGUUUUAUCAAAAUAAUGAAACUUGGCUCAUGUCAUAAUGUUUUGUCUUCAAACAUUGACACCCAAGUUAAUAUAUAUUUUCUUUUAGAGUUUCCCCAGAAUAUUGAAUUUCCAUGUCCUGUUUUGCCCUGGCCAGUGAAAUGUGCUUACAGCACAUACAUUAGCAAUUCACCUUUUUCAAAUUCACUGCACUGAAUACUAUAUAAGAAACUUAAUUUGUGUUCACAGCAGUUGAUGUAACACUUCUAAAAGUGUUAUCCAUGCUUCACAAUAUCUCUUGUUAAAAUGUUAAGGGAUUUUGUCAUUGCACAGAUUCUAAGAGCCUGCCACUCUUUCUUCGGUAGUUUUUCAUCUCUCACCAGUCUAUGCAUGUGGAUAUCAUGAGAGGAUGUUAUAACUGUGCCAGCCGUCCUCAGUGAGGGUUUUGUAAUAUCUGGUCUAGUGUUGAUUUCAGCUUUGUCUGCAGUGAACCGGCCGUCUCUUCUGUGUGAAUGAAUGUGAAUUACUGGGUUUUAUAGGAUUCGUUGCUCUUCUAACUCCAUGUAUUGUGAUGCGGUUUCAUUGUUAUUCGCUCAGUGUCUUUAUUGAGUGGGUGAAGAGCUCUGCAAGGUCUGCCGAUGUCUCAAUUUUCUGCUUUGGAGAACGAGUUUCUCUUUUGAAAUCUGGGCAUUACAUCAUUUUGUGCACUAAGAAGUUGCCUCUUAAUAUCCUACAGUCGUGCAUACUGUAUGUACACAUACUUGCGGGUCUUCACGUCCUCCAGAAAUGAAACUGAGUGAGUGUGCCUUCGCAUCGACUCUCAUAACCGAGUUUGUAAAUAGUAUACUGGAGACUUCUACACAGGUGUUCAUCUGUAUUCUUGAGUAAGUGGGUUGUCCAGGGUUGGACCACUCAGGGUUGUGAUCUUUCUCAGCUGAACUUGUAAAUAUGUCUUAUAAAAUGAUUAUGCAUGCCUAUUUUCUGAAAUUCAUGCCAUUUGUACUGUAGACUCUAUUUUGCUACCAAAUAUAUUUUCAGAAGUGGGACGGGAAAUGCUCUUACCUCUGUGUUUGUAACCUUUUGAAAGGUGGGACUGUACUGCUGGCAGGUUUUUGUAGGGUUAACCCUGUAUUUUUAUACAUCAGAUGCUCGUAGGAUAUGGAGAAGGGCUUGAAGAAGGGAAAUGUCAAAAUAGGCAUUUGCUAAAGCCAGAUGAUGUACUGCUCUUUCGGUUAGCCGCAGGUCCGUGUGAAGUGCUUGCAAUGAGAAGCGGGCUCAUGAGCUUCAAAAUGUGUUGUAAAGGAAUCAUGGAGAAAAGUAGGAUGCAGGUGCAUCGUAUACUUUACAGUCAGUAGAAAAGAUGUGUGACGUCUUUGUGCAUAAAUGUUCAUAAGGGCUACUGGUGAUUUAGAUGCUCUAAGACCUUACUUUAAUAAAGUCAGAGUGUUGACAUGUAUUUAAAAACCUCUUGAUGUCAUCCAGCAAAGACUUGAUUGAAGGUACUGAAAUUAUUCAGGAAAUGAUUUAUUGUCCGUCUAAGCAAGCCUUAAGUCUUUGAGAGGAAGAAAAAAAAAACGGCUCUCAUUUGCUCAACAAAUUGUUGAAUAUGUUUUAAGUAAUGUGCAUUCAUUGUGCUUGUGUUCAACUUUCACAUUCAUUGAUUAUGUGGCUUAGUGGUGAUCGUUGUGCUUGACGUUGUUAGAUUUCUUUAUCAUAUAAGUAUAUCAUCUUUAUUAUUUCAUUCCAUCUCAAGUUUAAGAGAAAAAAGUUAUUGUUUGUUAUUGUUGUACUUUUAAUAAAUAUGUAAAUAAAAAAUGUCUUAUUCAA